ACAAACGUGUUGCCAAGUACUUGGCGAGUAAUCCAAAAAGCCCACACCUUCGCUGCCAAACAAUCAACUACCGACAGACAACGGUCGCAAGCUAGUCAGCUCCCCAAACAAAUCCGUUUGAAUCAAAGCACCAAUUCCAUCAUCAUGAACUGCAAGCCCUUGAUUUUGUGCACCUUUGUGGCAGUUGCAAUGUGCCUGGUGCAUUUUGGAAAUGCAUUGCCCGCCAUAAGUCAUUAUACGCAUAAGAGAUUUGACUCCAUGGGUGGCAUUGAUUUCAUUCAGGUGUGCCUUAAUAACUGCGUCCAGUGCAAGACCAUGCUGGGAGAUUACUUCCAGGGACAGACCUGUGCCCUUUCCUGCCUCAAGUUCAAGGGCAAAGCCAUCCCGGACUGCGAGGAUAUAGCCUCUAUAGCCCCGUUUCUGAAUGCGCUCGAGUGAAGCGAUAAGAGGCGCCUCUUGUGCGUUGUGUGUGGUGGUGUGUGCUUUUAUGGCCUGUGACUCAGGUGUGGAUUUGGGUCAAUGUGAUGCUCAACACGAUGCUCAAGUCUUGGCGAUCUUGGCUGCUGAUGUCGACCACAACGAUGAUGAAAUUACUUUUGCUAAACAACUGACUUUCCAGCGCGAAACCAAAGAGUUCCUAUUAACUUGUAAUUGUGUAGUGAAUAAACAAAUACCAAGAAAAA